AUGAUAGGCACAAGCGAUGAAGAUGUUCAGUUAGCUAACAAACUAGUUGAUCCCGCUGCUGAAAAUAAUAAACAACCGAUUUUAAAUGUCCUAACUCAAAUUCUUCCUGACGAUAAUCCAUCGUAUAUGGUUUUGGAGCUUGCAUCUGGUACUGGUCAACAUAUUACUUAUUUUGCUGAACAUUUUCCUCUUAUUCAGUUCCAACCAAGUGAUAUCGAACCACAAUAUUUACAAAGUAUUCGUGCUCACAUUAGAGAAUAUGAAAUCAAUGCUUUCACUCAAAAUUGUUUACAACCAAUUACAAUUGAUCUUCGAGCGCCACCUACUCCUCACAAACAAGUAGACUGCGUCUAUACAGCUAAUCUAACACAGAUUGUACCUUUAGAAAUUACACGAAAUCUAUUUAGUUUUGCUGAAAAAAUAUUAAGAAAAAAUGGUUUUCUUAUCAUUUAUGGACCAUUUGCCAAAGAUGGACAUAUUACUCCGGAGAGUAAUCGAAAAUUUAAUGAAUAUUUACAAAAACACGACGAACGAUGGGGUUUAAAAGAUAUUAAUGAAUUAACGUCAUUAGCAACAAAACAUCAGUUACAAUUAAGGCAAAUAUUUGAUAUGCCAGCGAAUAAUAAAAUAUUAUGGUUUAUCAAGAUUGACUAG